AGGUGGGCUGUGGGAGUCCCAUAUGAGGCUAUUGCCUCUGUCCAGGGUCCAAGAGUACAAGAGAAGAGCAUUCUCUCUUCUCUGACCAAUUGGGUAAGAAGGCCUGUCAAUGCUCAGUAUUCACAAACAGGUGGGGUAUGCGAAGUGGAAAGGCCUUUUAGGGACACUGUCAGUGAGAAAAGCAGGCAGGCCUAACUCAAGUGGGUUUGGGGUUCAUUUCUGGUUUUUGCUGCCACAGAUAAUACAUCCAGUUGACCUGCUCUUUUCACCUCAUUAAUGAGUAUCUGCCUCAUUAGGGUGGAGGGGACUGUGAUAGUCCUUGUGAUAAUUGCCUAGUGAUGGCAAAAAGCCAUGAUGAGAUGUGAGGAAGAGAGCAGAGACUGUGGGAGCAACUGCGCAAGAGCUGUGUGGCUGCUGGGAGGUGCUCUGAGAUAUGCAGGAAGUGAGGUGAGGCGAGGCGCUCAACCAGCAGCCCACAAAGAUCUUCCUGGCUGUCUUAUGCAGACCCAGGCAGCAACCCCACAGUGGCCUUGGUGCCCCUUUUCCUGCCUCACAGGAUGAGGCCACCAGUGCCUUCAGCCCCACUAGCUCUCUGGGUCCUGGGGUGCUUCUCCCUGCUCCUCUGGCUGUGGGCACUAUGCACAGCCUGCCACAGGAAGCGAGCUCAGAGGCAACAAACUGGGCAACAGGGCAGCUUGAUACCAGUGGAAAUGUCACUGCUGAGACAGACCCAUCUCUGCUCCCUCAGCAAGUCUGACACCAGAUUGCAUGAGCUGCGCCGAGGCCCAUGCUCCAGCAUAGCCCCACGGCCUGCUAGCAUGGAUCUCCUGCAUCCACACUGGCUGGAGAUGUCCAGGGGUAGCACCAGGUCUCAGGUACUCCCGUCUGCCUUUCCACCACGGCAGCUGCCCAGGGCCCCUCCUGCUGCCCCUGCAACUGCACCUUCUCCUAUCCCUGAGGCCACUUAUUCCAAUGUGGGGCUGGCUGCAAUUCCUAGGGCCAGCCUGGCUGCUAGCCCUGUGGUGUGGGCUGGAACACAGCUGACCAUUAGCUGUGCCAGGCUUGGUCCUGGGGCCGAGUAUGCCUGUGUCCAGAAGCACAAAGGGACAGAGCAGGGCUACCAAGAAUUGCAGCAGAAGGCUAAGGUGAUCCCAGCUACUCAGAUGGAUGUCCUGUACUCCAAGGUCUGCAAGCCCAAAAGGAAAGACCCAAGACCUGUCACAGACCAGCUGGAUCCCUAUGGUGGGAGGGCAGUGCUGGCUCUUGAGAGUGGUGUGGAAUAUGAGGCCAUCGCUCUCAGGGGCCAGGAUAUGAACCAAGGUCCCUUAGAAAAUGUGUAUGAAAGCAUCAGGGAGGGCCCUUCUAUAGGUCGCAGGCUUGGAGUUCUCAGAGCUGCACCUCAGGCUGUGGACCCAGGAGCUUUGGCAACCAAGUCUGGAGCCUCAGCACAAUUUCCAGCUCCUGGGAAUAUCUCAGUGCCAGUAAAGAGAAUUCCCCCAGGAAAAGCCCAGCUGGAAGAGGUCACAGCUGCUGCAGCCCUUACAAACCUGUCUACCAGCCAACUCUGUUUGGGGACCCCAGCUGUCACCUUCAAUCCAGGAAGUCCCAAGACAGUGGGAUGCCAAGAUGUGCCAGAAAGUGUAUGGCAUGGACCACAGGGAUCUGCUGCUGGAAGAAAGCCUGCCAUCAGUUCCUUGACCGAGCCAAUCCAUGAUUGUGCUUCCCAGCCUUCUUCCCACUCCCAGCCUGAAGCUACAGCAAACCUGUGGUGGGAUUUGAUGACCCUGGACUCCUAGAGAUUGAAGGGUGACUGACUAUGCAAAGUACCUUAGAAGAAGCCAGCCUUUUGCACUAAAACCAAACUGUAUGUUGUCCUUUUGGCCUCAGGGACAGCUUGCUUCCCUAUCUGUCACUCACAGACUUGUUAAAGAUGUCAGCUGGCCUGCUAGUGCCUGUUUAAAAUGCACUUUGAGAGGUGUCAAGGGAAGGUCUCUCCUCACAUUUAAGGUAGUGGUUCCAGGACCCUGGGGCUGACAUUUUACCAUGUUAAUGAAGCUCAGGUGUCAUGUGUCUGGGCUAUACCAGUCAAGGAGAAAAAUUAAAAAGUGUGGAGUUGUUUGCUUGUUGGUUUAGUUUUCCAGAAACCAAGGUUAUCUCCUGAGGAAAGAAAUGGAAGUAGGAGGGUAAUAGGAAAUGAACAAUAAGCAAUAGGGCUGGCAGCUACCUCCACUCGGGCUGAGGUCCACAGAAGAGUACUAUUUGAAACCACACAGGAGGCAUCUGCAUGGAGCAGCAAUUUCCCAUUUUAUUUAAAGUGAUCGUUUUGCAAGAAUGUCUACACUAAUCCCAUCACAGAGAGGAAACCCACAGGCAACCUGGAGCACAUCUAGGCAGACAAGAAAUCGCAAGAACCACUAUAGAGAAGGUGAUCUUUACCUGUCUGUGGCUAUCGAGAAGCAGGACAACAGAGCAGUGAACCCCACCAAAUGAUUAUGACAAACCUCCCACAAAUAUUGAACACAUCUUCAAUACAAACACAGCUUUAUAAUAAUUAAUAUAAAGUCAAUAUAAUAUAGAUUAUCCCCAGAAAAAAAUUAACAAUCAUCUUCAAACACUGCCUUUUUUUCUUUUUGUUGACAGAUUGAAAGCAUGUUGAAAAAAAUAAAUAUUUAAGAAAAGCACACACACACAGCACCCUCACUACAAGUGAUUCUAAAAGAGCCACAUACAAAACACAAUAGGAUCUAAAAAAUAACACCACCAUUAAGUAUGGCUUUCUCAGGAGUUGUACAUGUCAUAGAAUGAGCCAAAGUAAGAUUAUCCUUCAGAAUAUUGCAAAAAGUUCCAGUUUUGCAUUUUCUCAGGUUUUGUUUUGUUGCUUGUUUUUAAAGGAAGAUGUGCAAAAUUGGAAGCAUAACUGUGGAGUCACAGCACUAUCUUAGCAGUGUCCUGUUCCACAAAACUCAGAGUCCAAAUAUACAGACUGAUCAGGAUCCAGAGACCCAUACAAAGUCGUAUCGCUUCCCCACCUCAACCUCAACAACACCCACCCCAUGGACUAUAGUUUCCACUUUGGUGUUGAAAACACCAGAAUACAGACAUACACACACAAAAAAAUACAAAAUGUGAAAUGUAAUCUACACAUUUUUCUUCUUCAUAAAAAAAUAUUUAUUAAUUUGAACAUUGAUUUAAAAAAAAAGUCACACUAAAAGAAAAAAAACUUCAAUACAUAUGUCUUUUCCCUCCAUGCCUCCUGAGAUGGAUGUGUUCAUCUGGAUCUCUAGAAUUCCACUUUCCAAUUAGAAACUGAGCCUGAACAAAGCCUGCCACAUGGCAAACGCUUGGAAGGUGGUGGGACCAGAACUGGGACCCUCAGUGUUCUGGUACAGUACUAGUUUUAAGGAAGUGCUCUGCGGCACCAACAGGAAACCCCAGAAAGGCCAGCAAAGGCAGUCUGGAAGGGGAGCCAGUCAGAGCAAGACAUCCUGAGAGUGGAGGCACAGGUGCCUUGGGAGGUGGGCCAGGGGUCCUGGGUCCUGGGCAGGACAGCCUGAGAAGUAGGGACUGAUACAAAAACCCAGAGACAGUGGUAGCAAAGGUCUGGUUUCCAAAUGCAUUUUAUAAGAAACGUAGAAAAGGCAUUUUAAAAGAGGGAGAAAGGUACUAAGUCUGAGAGCCCUCAGUGGGGCCUGACAAGGCUAGACAGUCUCAACCUGGUUUUGUUGGUAAAAGGGGUCUAGCUAUGCUGCCAUACUGGGUGGAAAAGUACUCAGAACCAGCAUGUCUCAGAGCAACUGGGCAGUGAGUGGAGGGGCACACAGCUUCCCAGGCAACUGUUCCUACAUGCUGUGUAUAAGAGAGUCCUGGUCCUGUUGCUUUUGACUGUUGUUUUGUUUAAAACAAUAAAAGCUAUGAUUCCUUCCUUCUAUAGGAAGCAACCUGCA